UCCUCUCUGAAACCCUGCCCACAUUUUUAUUGUUUGCUCUGCAGAGAACAUCACGCCUUUAAAUAUUCUUCCCUCCCGUCCUUCUCUCUUCAUCCUACUCCAGCACUCAAGCAAUCAAAAAGACUGAAGAGUCAAAGGGAUCAACGAUCGUUUUAUAGCUGUUCUGUAACACCGAGGAAAGCGUUCAGUUUUGUAGACUGGCUGCAACAAUAGCACAUUGCUAUAUUUGUGGUCGACUUUCUCCUCCCAGCACCUCAGCCCUCUUGUGUGAGAAUUGCAGCGAGUGUCCAGCUGGUCACUAGCCUUGGAAAAGCUGUUAUCCGAAUACUGCGCGGAAAGGGGUGGCGAAGAAGAGCGAGUAGCCUGAAGAUACAAGUUUGUUGGAAAAUAAUAUAUAUCUAAUUUGGAACAUUUUUAAGUCUAGUUCACAAUGUCUCUGUCUGUACCCCAUAAUGGAAUCAAGGCGGAUAACGAACCCGUUAUCGAGCUCUUUGUGAAGGCGGGAAGUGAUGGCGAGAGCAUUGGGAACUGCCCGUUCUCCCAGAGACUCUUCAUGAUCCUGUGGCUGAAGGGAGUGGUCUUCAACGUCACCACAGUGGACCUGAAGAGGAAGCCUGCAGACCUCCAGAACCUGGCCCCAGGCACACACCCUCCCUUCAUCACCUUCAACGGGGAGGUCAAGACAGAUGUCAACAAGAUAGAGGAGUUCUUGGAGGAUGUCCUCAGCCCACCCAAGUUCACCAAGCUUAGUGCCAGACACCCUGAGUCCAACACAGCUGGGAUGGACAUCUUUGCCAAGUUCUCAGCGUUCAUCAAAAACUCAAAACCCAAUGCCAACGAAGGUCUGGAGCGUGGGCUGUUGAAGACCCUGCAGAAGCUGGAUGAGUACCUGCGCUCCCCACUGCCUGACGAGAUCGACCACAACAGCAUUGAGGACGUCAAGAUCUCCACUCGCAAGUUCCUGGAUGGUGACAACAUGACACUGGCUGACUGCAACCUCCUUCCCAAGCUGCACAUCGUCAAGGUGGUGACCAAGAAGUACAGAGGCUUUGACAUCCCCAAGGACAUGACAGGUAUCUGGCAGUACCUGCAGAACGCCUACACACACGAGGAGUUCACCAACACCUGCCCCAGUGACAAAGAGAUCGAGAUCGCCUACCAAGACGUGGCCAAGAGGCUGAUCAAAUAGGGCCCCCCCCCCUUACCCCCAACACUGGGACUGGUCUGUUCAGACACGAGAAAGAAAACUAUGGACUACCUUUCCUUCUCUCCUCAUUUAUAGCAAACACAAUGCAUGAGCUCCUUUGUUCUUACUUUUCCCUUUUAUUUUUGGAGAUAUCUUGAGUACAUGAAGCAGCUCAGAAAGUUUACUGACGGUCCAUUGUUUAUAACUUUUUUUGUUUUCUCUUUGAUAUGAUGAUUUGAAUGGCGAUCUCCCAGAUCAGACGCAGGCUGGUGUGUAUCAGAGCUUAUCAGUGUUGGAGGGCAAUCUAAACACACUUCUUAUGAAGUGGCCUUCCGGGUGACCCUCUGUCUCCUCAUGGGAAUAUGGUCACAACCUGUGUUUUUCUAUUUUCCGUUCAGCUGUUCAAUAUUAAUUUGCUUUUUAGGCUUGCUAUGAAAGUGAAAAUUACAAGGCUGAUUUUGUGUUUUGGCUACAGAGUUGAUUUAUAAAGUGUUGAAAGAUUCAGUGUUUUUGGCUCUAGAGAGUAAAUGAGGGCAGGUUUCACUGCAUGUACUGCAUUAGACGCUAGGCCAAACCACAGUUGACAUAUCAGCGCGAUAUGCUUCAUUUUACUGUUGCAUUGCUUAAGUCAAUUGCAAUAACUAUAAUAGAAGUAAGGCUACAUGUUUUCCAUGCUCUGAUACCAUUUUCCUCCUUGACCUUAUGCUGAGCUCAGUCAGGGCUUUCCACGAUGUACCUGUACCAGGUGCUUGGAUGAGAUGUUUUCAGCUCAGGACAAUGGAACCUGAGAUUAAAGAAAUAUGUAGCAAUUAAAUAUUAGAUAAUAUCUAGCAGAAAAAAAACAACCAUUUAGACUUCAUCACUGCAUUGCCUCACAUCACUGCUCCAUAUAGACACUGACACUCUGGGCAGUGAAGCUCCAUUUUACCAGAAAUAACAUCUGUUUUUUAUUUUCUCCUGUAAAGCAUGAAGGGAAGUCUUUAGCUUGUGUUGUUCUGGCAGCAGUGGUAGCUUAUAUUAUACUUCAGCCACCAAAAAGGGCACAUUAAUUCUGGUCUCACUGUGGAUUGAAUGACUCCUGCUAUCUAAACUAGUGAAGUAUAAAAACCACACACUUUCUCUUUCUCCCAUAGAAUACGGAAGAACGGUAAUGUGCAGUCAGGCAUCAGGAAAGAUGACACUAAAGAUAUUUAUGAGAAAAUUAAUCGGGGAGAGGAGAAUGGUAAUGUAAUGAAUAUCAUGUAGGAUUUCAUUUUCUCAUUAUUUCGAAUGCUCUCAUAGGUAGUGAAUGUAUUCUUUCGUAGUUCCAAAAUGCUUUAGUGUGGAUAAAGCAAAAAUAUAUACUGUUUUGUUUUUUAUCUCCCCUUGUUUUGCCGCCAUCUUUUCAGACAUUUGUUGUAAUACACAUUUCAUAAAAGGAAUUGUAAAUAUUUGUUUUGAUUAUUCAGAAAAUAGGCAUUUUUUACCUGCUUGGGUUUUAAUACUAGAAGACAUCUCCUCUGGCCUUUUUUGUUUUCUCCUGCACAGAAGGUUUUCAAAAAUCACUGCAAUGACGACAUGUGUAUGUCAAUGUCAGAAGAAAAGAUCCAGGCUAUGUCAUGGCUUUUUCUUUUAACAAUAUUGACUUUAUUGAAAUAAACCUCUUAUUGGCACUCUG